AAAUAGCAAGGAGAUCUUCUUUCCAGCGCCCUCUCUCGGAAGCGGUAGUUGUGAACAGCGCAGCAAGGUGCUUGUUUUCAACAGCGUGAUUGCGUCGAGCUCGCUUGGCCCGCAACAGGGUUUGUUUAACCUCAAAUGACAGUGUUGACUGUGUGUUAUUCCUUAUGGCAGACUUUCCAUUUGUACGUCCACUGUAAGAUGACUUAGCAAGACUGACAGGAUCGGAAGUUCAGUGCUACAACUUGAUUCAACUAUCUAGGGCGCAACACUCUUCUGUUGCCUUCAUUGUCUGGUUAAGCUUAAAACAGGGACAGGCGCAACUUUCGUGUCGGUGGAUGCGUAGAGCCAGAAACGGACUUAGCAGGCUUUACUUCAAGACAAGUGGAGAGCUUCGACAUGUGAUAUGAUAGCUCUGAAUGCAUUAAAUCUGCUUUUCACUAACAUUUUAGUCCAACUUAUUAGCUGAAUAGAUUUAUCUCAGUUCGGCGGUGGUCAAAGCGUGAGAGAUUUUAGUUGGAUAAGCUUCAGUUUGUAAAUCAACAACCUCUUGCAUGGCUUUCUUAAGCCUUGCAUGCAUCAUUGACAGGUAGAGUACUGGUUCCCCACCAAGCUGAUAAAACAGUAAAAAUGUGUUCAAACUUUUGAGAGAUUUUUUUUAUGCUAUAAAUAAAUAGACAAAAUUAUAGCGUGCUAUUCCUAUUUAGGAAAUUGAAACGACAUCAUGAUGACAACAAAAAGUCAAUCUAAAGAUGGUAUUAUAACUGUAUGGAAGGAAGCAAUAAUGAAGAAUUUUAGCAUCUUUCGAGAGCAGCCUCAACAUACAAAUGCAGCUUCUGGCAUCAUAGCAACAGCCUCAUCUGUAACCGCACGCCAGUCUACUGAACCAACCACAAAGAUGGCUUCAAGCUCAACAUCGGGUAACAACAGUGUAGGUCACAUCCACGUGCGGUUAUCUCUUCCAGAUGUGCACGUGCCAGAAGAAACGGUCUUUCCUUCUCAGUCAAGCUACUCCUUACCCACCGUUAGGAAGCGUUCACCCAUCGUGAGUCGAGCUAGAUCUGUUGAUGCUCGUGCCAUGUCACAUAUGCCACUUUUGUCCAUUUCUAGCAGAUUCGAUAGUCAGCAGUCAGAAACAUUCAGCGAAACUCGCACCCCCGUGUCUCCACAUCAAUGUCCCUCCUUAUCGGUCACACUGUCACCAUUACGAGAUAUCUCUUUGCGACCUUCAUCUCCCACCCAAGGAGGGCGAUCACGAUCUCUGUCUCCAGUGUCACCAUUAUUGUCUCCAGCUUAUUUCCAAGGCUCAGACUCGUCUAGCAGUGCCGGGCCUAUAAGCCCCAUAGGGGCAAUUCAACCUGACUUAUACAAAAAGAAAGAUAUGGUGUUUUUCCAGUCUUCGGACAGCCAGGACAAGGCUAAAUAUGGACGACUCCACUUUCGACUAAAGUAUGAUUUCGAUAGAUCAGACCUCGUUGUUCAUGUCAUUGAAGCACUGGAUUUGGGGGCGAUAUCCGAAAACGGCUUUAACGACCCCUACGUCAAAUUAACUUUAAUAUCAGAAGUCGAUACUAAAGUUAGGCAAACUGAAAUUCAGCGCAACUCUUCAGACCCGGUGUUUGAUGAAGUUUUCAAGUUUCCGGUUUCGUAUGACGACCUCUUGGGAAAAACUCUACUUCUGCAAGUCUUCGACUUCGAUAGAUUCUCAAGGAAUGAUGUCACUGGCGAGGUCCGAGUUCAGAUGUGUGACGUCGAUGUUACUACGGAGGUGGAAGUUUGGAGUGAAAUCACUAAAACUGACAAGGUGUCACGUGACAGACCAGAAAUACUGUUAUCUCUUAGUUAUCUGCCCUCUGCUGGCCGACUGACUCUGGUUGUGUUGAAAGCUUCUAAUUUAUUGGAUUCAAAUUCGAAAGAAAUACCAGAUACCUAUGUGAAGGUGACACUUGUCUCCAAAAACAUGAAGAUGAAAAAGAAGAAAACGACUACAAAGAGAAGAUCAAAUAAUCCAGUAUGGAACGAAGCUUUGAGUUUUGAUAUCUCAGAAGAUGGCCUGAAACACUGCCGUCUGGCAGUCAAUGUUAUGAACUGUCACCAUAGCAACACGCCUUUACUUGGAUCCUGUAUUCUUGGAAUGGAUGAACACGGUAGGGGAGCAUCGCACUGGCGAGACAUGUUUCACAAUCCUCGUAAGGCCAUAGCGAUGUGGCAUGGGCUCCACAUAUAAUGACAAACUUCGUACACAUGGAUUUCGGAAAUACGUUGUGGAUUGAAAAAUAUAAGUGUAAGCCAGUAUAAAAUGUAUUUGUUUUGUAAAUAUAAGGGGAAAGUAAGAUUUCAAACAAGUAUUAUUGUAUAUCGGAAGAAAUUGGAAGUGUACAACCUAAUUUGUCAGUUACGGUACACUAUGUACCUUCAUCUGUUGGUGACAAACUGAAAUGUAUUAAUUUUAUAUAAUACAAUUAUUCUUGUCCUCCUACAGCGCCACCUAGUAUAUGGCAAUUCUUAGCUCUGUGUUUAUAUUUGCUAAAUGAAAGUAAAAUGUUUAUAACUAUAUCAUAUAUCUAUAUACGCUUAUUAGACCAAAAACAUUUAAAUAUAUAUAUAUAUAUGUUAUAUAUUAAGUCCUUUUACCGUCAAAGUAUUAAUACUAAUUAUAUUUAGGUAUCCUAUUGUUACUGGAUGCUGA